AUGCACUGCAUGAACUCCGAGAGCCCUGGCUCGAAGGGCACGGAGUGGCAUGACUCGAUAGAUAAGCAGAGCCGGCGUGUAGCCGGUUCUGGCGAGCCUGCGGCUUGUGUUCCGGCGCAGAGCUCGUGUACAACAAAGAAGAAUGCGGAACUAGACCGCCCACUCAACCAGCUCAUCGUGACCGAGCUGGGUUGUAACGCUGGUGUCGUCGGAGGCUUAGAACAGGAAAAUGAGCUCUCUAAAUGCGUGUCAAGUGACGCGCGUUGCCAAGAUUGCUGCCCGCGGAAGCGGGGCGCGUCGCAUACCUCAGCCCCUGCAGAGUCCGAAGGGGCUACAGAUAUGGCCAGUGAGGGAGAACGAGCUAAAUAUACACCCCCCCGUGUAGAAGACCGAAACUCUGGGGUGCAGCCGAGGCCUGCUAAGUGCUUCAGAUCAGCACAGGAACUGUCGUUCAGUGGAGGCGCACCGGCGGGGAUUGCCGAUCCACGAACCGAAGAGCACCAUUUGGAAAAUACAGGAUUGGUGGAGGCGCACCGGCGGGGAUUGCCGAUCCACGAACCGAAGAGCACCAUUUGGAAAAUACAGGAUUGGUCUCAGUGA